CAUAAAGGAAUUAUAGGAUAAUUAAGAAUGACGAAAAUAUUCUACACACUGGCCGCAGUUGGCUUAUUGGCCACACUUGGUUGCGCUGAGCCGCCACGUUCUCGUUUGCGUUUUCCAGGUCCGUCGAAUAAUCGUCCACUGCCGUUUUUAGCGCGACAAGAAUCAUUGCCAUCAGUGCCAGUCGAUGCAGCUCCUUAUCCACCAGCAGGUUUGAAGCCAGAACCCGCUUUUGAAUUACCAGAGCCCACUUACGGUCCGCCAGAACUAACUUAUGGACCACCAGAGGAAACAUAUGGACCACCAGACCAAACAUACGGACCACCAGACGAGACCUAUGGACCACCAGACGAAACAUACGGGCCACCUGCUGAGGAGCUAAUUCCUGAGCCUGCACCCUCCUAUGGACCACCACCAGCUGUUCCCGCUCCAACAUACGGUCCACCUGGUACACCGGCUGAGGAGUAUGGACCACCACCACCAGCUGUAGCUGAUGUACCACAAACUGCAUCGAUCGUUGAACACCGUGCUGUCUACCCACAAACUGUCUUCACGCUGCCACGUGUUGAACGUUUAGUGGCUUUCCGUCCAAGACGUCGCCCAGCGCCAGCUAAGCUACGUCGUCCUGCCCCACGUCCCAAACCAGCCAAAUUAAUCCGCCCUCGACCACAACAAGCCCAAAUACAGCCAGCCAAAUUAGUGUUACACAUUCAUCAUUAA